ACGAAGAAUCAAUAGUGAAAGAUAUCAGUUCUUAACUAAAACAGUACCAAACACACAGUUAAAAAACACAUUUAUACAAAAUGGCCGCUAAGAUGAUCAUUUUUGCUGCCUGCGUGGCCACCGCUCUCGCUCAAUACGCCUCCCCAGCAUAUCCAGCGCACCACGCUUACACUCAAUCUGAACACUCGUACGCCCCAACCCCAUACAACUUCGAGUACAGCGUAAAUGAUCCACACACCUACGACGUGCACAGCCAAUCCGAGUACAGUGACGGAAACGGUUACGUCAAAGGGACUUACAGCCUUUUGGAAGCCGACGGUUCAACCCGUACCGUCGAAUACACCGCCGAUGACCACAGUGGUUUCAACGCAGUCGUCAAGAACGAAGGUGGAUACAAGACCCCAGCUUACUCUGCACCAGCCUACAAGCCAGCAUACUCUGCACCAGCCUACUCUGCACCAGCCUACAAGCCAGCAUACUCUGCACCAGCCUACAAGCCAGCAUACUCUGCACCAUCUUACUCUGCGCCAGCCUACGCCGCCCCAGCUUACCCAGCACCCGCAUACUCUGCCCCGGCCUACAAGCCAGCAUAUAAACCAGCAUACUGAUCAUUUCUCUAGUCAUGCCAUUGAUUAUGACAACCAUAUUUCAGUCUUAUAAUGUAUAAUAAUAUCUCCAUUGCCCAUCAUCAAACCAUAUUUGUGCCAUCGUUGUGUUUAUGUUGUAAAUAAAUAAUAAAUUAAGUAAUAUCAAACA